CUCUCCUCCUCCAGAGCUCCACUUCUCUUUCUCAUCACAUCCCGAGGAUUCCGGAGAUGUGAGGAAUAGGAAGAGUGUUAUUGAACAGCUUAGCUUCUGACACUGUCUCUUGACCUCAUCUUCAGCAUGAAUGGUGAUAUGCCUCAUGUUCCCAUAACUACUCUUGCUGGAAUUGCUAGCUUGACAGACUUGUUGAACCAGCUCCCGUUGCCUUCUCCACUGCCUGCUACGACAGCUAAAGGUCUCCUCUACAGCAGUAGGAUCUCUGAAGAGGUCAACAAUUUACUGGUAUGUCGGGAUGAAAAUCUGGUGACUCAGCUGGUCCACAGUCUCAACCAGGUCUCGACUGAACAUAUUGAAUUGAAGGACAAUCUUGGCAACGAUGAACCAGAAGGGGACAUGCCUUUGCUGUUGCAAACCUUGUUGUCAAGGAACCCCAAAAUCUUCAGGGAUAAAAGUAUGCCUUCCCAGAACGAGGUUUGGGGUGGUGUUAGGCAGCCAUCUUUGAUUCAGCAGUACAAAGUGACUCAGAAUCAAGUUCAUGGCAGCCCUGCAUCUAACUAUCAGCAAACCUCUGUUCCCCCAAGUCCUUCUGGAUGUUUUACUCCUCAGCAGUCUGGGUCCGGUGCAAGAUUUAUAACCAAACAGAACAGUCCCAUAUCCAGUCCCUACACCCCACAGAGUCCUGACGACUAUUUGCAAUACAAUCCGCCUAGUUAUUCUCAACACCAACAAGCUCAACAAGCUGCCGGGAUGAGAAAUAUCCAUGACAACAAGGUCUCUGGACAGCUAUCAAAUAACUCCAAUCACAAUGCACAAGUUGGUUCCAAUGAUACCUACAUGAACAUGACACAGAGAUUGGGAAAUGAGGCAAAUGGCUCCUCUACGAAAGGCGCUGCAUUUUCUGUGGGAUCUCCAAAUUCUUCAUGUUCUCCUGCGGCGCACGAAGAGACCACAAAACGGUCAAGGGUCAUCAUACAGUCACCCAAUGAUCUGCCCGACAAACGUGUAACUUCAGUGGAGUACAAAAAGAAACAUAAAGAAAGGAACAAAGAGGAAUAUGAACAAAUUGACAAAAAUGCUUUGUACGACAUAGUAAGCUCACCAAUGAAGGACUCCUCAAGGCUGACUUUAAAACUGACGAGAGUACGAUCUUCUGACACGGAUCACUCUGGAGACAUGCCCGCUGUAGAAAAUGCCAAUCACGUGGAUACUAGUGUAAUGAAGGAUACUCCGUCGUCAAGGACAACCCAAGAGUCUUCACAGAAGCCAGAAGCCGAGGAGCAGGCAAACUGUCAUCUGCCUGUCGUCCAACACAACGCAAAGGACACCGGUGAUGAAGCUGAGACAGACGCACUUUCAGAGUCUGAGAGAGUAGAACAUGAGUCAUCAUUCGAGAAAGAACGCUGGAAUAAGGAUGUUCAGGACAAAGACAAACCGCUGAAGAAACGAAAACAGGACUCUUAUCCUCAGAAACCUGGAGUUGGAGGCUUUUCUGAAGCAGGGGAUGGACAGAAGGGUAACCGUAGCAGCAAGAUGACACCCAGAAAGACUGUUGCUACGAAUAACGGUACAGGUCGACCGGCUUUGAUGGUCAGUAUAGAUCUGGAGCAAGCUGGCCUAGGAAAAGCACAUCCUGUAGUGGUCCUGGAACCUCGAGAGAUUUGUGAAGAUCACCUUAAACGCCUCAAAUCGAAGUCAGAAGAUAAGGGCAAAGUUGUUGAAAACCAAACCUUCAUAAAACAACAUACAGACAACUCUAGAAAGUUUGAUACUCAUAAAAACCACCAGGAAAGUCAGAAGGAAAAAACGCAAAAUGUCCCAAACGACACCAGUGCAGAAAACAAUGAGACGGAAACACUACGUCAGAAACAUAAAGCCAAUUUAGAAACAACUUUGAAAGAGGAAAGAAACAACAGCAGCCAUCACUGCAACGCCCGCAUCCCUGAUAGUAAAAAAAUCAGUAAUAGCACAAAAAUUAAUACCUCCCCUGAAACGGAAAAGAACAGACACAAGGAAAAAGACAAAGAUCGAAGCAAAAGUGUGGAAAAAAUCAGAGAGAGUAACAAGGACAAACUCAAAAACAAGGAACCAAGCAAAGAUAGAAGAGACCAGAAUCCAAGUGAUGAGCGGAGUAAAACUAGAGAAGACAAGGAAAGGAGCGUUAACAAGGACAGAGACCGGGGCAGGGGUCAGCCUCAAGAAAAAGAACAAGACGUCGUUAAAGACCGGAGUCGAAACAGGGCUAAAGAGCUGGACACGGAUAAGGUCCAGAAAAAAGAUCAAGACCUGGACAAAGACGCAAAGCAGAAACGGGGUAAAGAAACUGAGCGAGACAAAAGGCAAGAGAAGCAGCAAGAUGUCGAAAAAAGUAGAAAUCGAAACAAGGACCAAGAACGAGAAAAGGCCAAAGUCCAAGAGAAAAUCCAGGAGCCAGCUAAAGAUGUGCAUCACAGUAAGGAUAAGGAGAAGACCAAGGAUAAAACCCAAACACAGGACCAAGCUCAAGAAAAAGAGCCCAAGUACAUUAAAGGCAAAGAGCGAACGAAGGAAAAAACACAAGAGAAGGAGCCAGAUCAUAAAAAAGAACGACAUCGCAACAGGGAAAGAGAACGGGAAGCUGAAAGGAUUCAAGAAAGAAAUAAAGAGUCAGACAAAGACCGCAGACGCAGUAAGGACAAAGAGAGGGAUCAAGAUCAAGACAAAACUCGAGGAAACGACAGAGAUCGCUGCAGAGGCCGUGGAGAUGAACGCGAGCGAGACGGGGAAAAGAAGCAGAGACUGGCACAAUCUGAGGAGAACUAUAACAGACAGAGUGGUGACCAGUCCGCUAAACCCGACUGCCCUAAAGCGAAGCACGAUGGGAGUAAAAGAUCCGCCGAGCUCAACAGACGAUCAAAGACGGAAAGUACGUCUUCUUCUAACAAGGAAGACCGAAAAGGUAGUGGUCAGACUGCAGAUAAACACACCGUGGAAAGCAAGGCCAGUGAGUUUCCCUCGUACCUCCUGGGCGGCACAGGAUCAAAUUUGAAAAACUUUGUAAUUCCUAAACUGAAGCGAGACGCAACUUCUAAAUGUGUCGAUGGGCUGAUUGAACCCAGAGUCGUGCUGGACAGAGUGUCACUGGUUAAGAAUCUCGCUAAAUCAUCCAAGCCUGUAAUUGUGCUUAAGAGACUCAGCAUUGACGAAGUAAAACGAAUAAUCAGGGACAGUAGGAACGUCCGCUCAUCCAAAUCAGAAAUGUUAUCGAACAAGCGUAGACACAGUGUAGUCAGUAAGAAACCCAAGUAUGUUAUUUCUGACUCUGAAGAAGACAGCGAAGACCCUGAAGACUCUGAUGACGGGGUUGUGAGAAAAAAAUCCAGGAAAGACAAUGACAAGUCCUGGAAAUGUGAGGAGAAAAGAGGUCGUUCUUCGAGCGGGCGCCAUCGCGAUCGAAGUCCAGAAGAUUCAGAUGAAAGUUCUCCUCCGCCGAACCUCACUGCUGUUGCAAGAAAACUAAGCAAAAAGGAGAAGCAGAAAAAUAGAAAGUCAUAUGAGCCGAAGCAGACGGUUGAAGAAAUGAUGGAUUCAUCCACAUUCAAGAGGUUCACAGCCACCCUGGACAGUAUCCUAGAGAAUCUGGAAGAUGCAGAUUUUACUGCCACGGAUGAUGAUGAAAUACCUCAGGAACUUUUGCUUGGACAGCUUCAGUUGAGUGAACUCAGCAGUGACUCUGCUAAGAUUAAAGCUAUGGGUAUUUUCAAUAAGAUUCCCUCUGAAAGACUGGUCAAAGUUUUGAAUAUUCUGGAGAAGAAUAUUCAGGACAGUGUCAAACUUUCAACAUUAAUGCAUUAUGAUAAUGAGUCAAUGGAUGAAGAGAAGCUGUGGCGUGACCUCAUCAUGGAGCGAGUGGUCAGAUCUGCAGAUGCCUGUCUGACCGCCCUCAACAUCAUGACCUCUCCGCACAUGCCCAAAGCGGUUUACAUCGAGGAUGUGAUUGAGAGAGUGUUGCAGUACACCAAGUUCCACCUCCUGAACACUCUUUACCCUCAGUAUGACCCCGUGUACAGGGUGGAUCCUCACGGAGGUGGUGUCCACAGUUCAAAAUCCAAAAGAGCCAAGUGUUCCAGCUCCAAACAGAAGGUGGUGGUGAAGCUCUACAAUAAAGUGUGUGAUGUUGUGGGGAGUAUGUCCGAGCUCCUGGAGAUUCAGCUGCUCACUGACACCACUAUCCUCCAGGUGUCCACACUGGGCAUUACUCCUUUCUUUGUGGAGAAUGUGAGUGAGUUGCAGUUGUGUGCGAUCACACUCGUGACGGCGGUGUUUUCACGAUAUGAGAAACACAGACAGCUCAUUCUUGAAGAGAUUUUCACCUCCUUGGCAAGACUGCCCACCAGUAAACGCAGCCUCAGGAACUUUAGGUUAAGCAGUGACUCAGACGGUGAAUACGUUUACAUCCAGAUGGUCUCUGCCUUGGUCCUUCAGCUCAUCCAGUGUGUGGUUCAGUUACCGUCUGAAAGAGACGGAGAAGAAGAACACAAUAAGAAGGUCGAUAAAGACGUCCUCAUCACAAACGCUUAUGAAACAGCCAUGAGGACUGCGCAGAAUUUUCUGUCAGUUUUUCUUAAAAAGUGUGGGAGUAAACAGGGCGAGGAGGACUACAGGCCUCUGUUUGAGAACUUUGUCCAUGACCUGCUGUCCACUGUGAACAGGCCCGAGUGGCCUGCAGCUGAACUGCUGCUCAGUUUACUGGGGAGGCUGUUGGUUCACCAGUUCAGUAACAAACAAACAGAAAUGGCUCUCAGGGUGGCGUCGCUGGAUUACCUGGGCACUGUGGCCUCUCGCCUUCGCAAAGACGCCGUCACAAGUAAAAUGGAUCAAAAAGUCAUUGACCGCAUCCUGAGGGAGACUCCAGGCAAUGAUGAGGUGCAGCAGCUCCAAAAGGCCUUACUCGAUUAUAUUGACGACAACGUGGAGACAGACACGUCUUUACUGUUUGCGAGGAACUUUUACAUUGCUCAGUGGUACAGAGACGUCACAAGCGAAGUGGAUAAGGCCAUGAAGUCUCAAAAGGAGAGGGACGAGGACUCAAAGUAUUAUUCUAAGGAGGUUGAAUCGACCGGGGACAUCAUGCACAAAGCAGAGACAAGGAAGAAGUUUCUUCGUAAAGUUAUAAAGACGUCACCCUCUCAGUUUAGCUCUUUAAAGAUGAAUUCAGACGUAGUGGAUUAUGAAGACUGCAAUCUCAUUGUCAGAUAUCUGGCCUCCAUGAGGCCUUUUGCACAGAGCUUUGAUAUAUAUUUAUCACAGAUUUUACGGGUGUUGGGCGAGAGUGCGAUAGCAGUCCGAACAAAAGCUAUGAAAUGUCUUUCUGAAGUGGUGGCUGUCGAUCCGAGCAUUUUGGGCCGAACGGAUAUGCAGCGUGGGGUCCACUGUCGUCUUAUGGACAACUCCACCAGUGUGCGAGAGGCGGCGGUGGAGCUGCUCGGCCGCUUUGUGCUCAGCCGCCCUGAGCUCAUUGAGCAGUACUACGACAUGCUCAUUGAAAGAAUACUGGACACAGGCAUAAGUGUCAGAAAGCGAGUUAUAAAAAUCCUGAGAGACAUUUGCCUUGAGCUGCCAGACUUCCACAAAAUCACUGAGAUGUGCGUGAAGAUGAUCCGCAGAGUGAACGAUGAAGAGGGCAUCAAGAAACUAGUCAAUGAAACGUUUCAAAAACUCUGGUUUACUCCAACACCGAAUCAUGAUAAAGAAGCAAUGACGCGCAAGAUUCUCAACAUUACAGAUGUGGUCUUGGCUUGUAAAGACACUGGUUAUGACUGGUUUGAGCAACUUCUUCAGAAUCUGUUAAAAUCAGAGGAAAAUGCCUCUUACAAACCUGCCAAAAAGGCGUGUAUCCAGCUGGUGGACAGUCUCGUCGAGCACAUCCUGACGUACGAGGAGUCUCUCGCAGAGGACAAAGGGGUCAGCUCCGGCCGCCUGGUUUCGUGUAUAACCACACUCUACCUGUUCAGCAAGAUCCGACCACAGUUAAUGGUUAAACACGCCAUGACCAUGCAGCCGUACUUGACGACAAAGUGCAACACUCAGAACGAUUUCAUGGUUAUUUGUAACGUGGCUAAAAUCCUGGAGCUCGUGGUGCCUCUGAUAGAGCACCCGAGCGAAGGCUUCCUCACGACGCUCGAGGAAGACUUGAUGAAGCUUAUCAUCAAAUACGGCAUGACGGUCGUCCAACACUGCGUGAGUUGUCUCGGCGCUGUCGUGAAUAAGGUCACGCACAACUACAAGUUUGUCUGGGCUUGUUUUAAUCGAUACUAUGGGGCUUUGGCAAAACUGAAAACUCAACAUCAGGAGGACCCCACCAGCCCGACUCUGGUCAACAACAAGCCCACACUCCUGCGCUCGCUGUUCACCGUGGGGGCUCUUUGUCGACACUUUGACUUUGACCUGGAAGAGUUCAAAGGAGCCACAAAGAUCGUGAUCAAAGACAAAGUUCUGGAGCUGCUGAUGUACUUCACCACUCACCAAGACGAGGAAGUGCAGAUUAAGGCGCUCAUCGGACUGGGCUUCCAGUUCAUCAUGUACCCAGAGCUGAUGUUUGUGCAAGACGUGAAGGUCUUGUACAACAACAAUCUGUCCGACGAAAGCGUGUCGGUCAGUUUGAAGAUACAAGUGUUGAAGAACCUCCAGACGUAUCUUCAGGAGGAGGACUCUCGGAUGCAGGAGGCGGAUCGCGAAUGGAAGAAGACGGCGAAACAGGAGGAUCUGAAGGAGAUGGGGGAUGUCUCGUCAGGCAUGAGCAGCUCGAUAAUGCAGAUUUACUUAAAGCAGGUGCUGGAGUCUUUCUUUCACACCCAGUCGACUGUGCGCCAUUAUGCCCUUAAUGUGAUCACACUAACUCUGGGUCAGGGGCUUAUACACCCUGUACAGUGUGUGCCGUACUUGAUUGCUAUGGGAACAGAUCCUGAGCCAACCAUGAAAAACAAGGCAGACAACCAGCUGGUGGAGAUCGACAAGAAAUACUCAGGUUUCAUCCAUAUGAAAGCUGUUGCUGGUUUGAAGAUGUCAUAUCAAGUGCAACAGGCCAUACACGGAUCCAAAACCGCAGUGGUCCGAGGUUUUCGCCCUGACGACAGAGACUCCGCCCUCUGCUCUCACCUCUACACGAUGGUCCGUGGAAACCGCCAGCACAGACGAGCUUUCCUCAUAUCACUGCUCAACUUGUUUGACGACAGCACUAAAACAGAAGUCAACAUGGUGCUGUUUGUAGCAGACAACUUGGCGUGCUUUCCGUACCAGACACAAGAUGAGCCACUGUUUAUAAUGCACCAUAUUGAUAUUACUCUAUCUGUGUCUGGUAGCAAUCUCCUGCAGUCUUUUAAAGAGUCUUUACGAAAGGAACCAGUGCCCCGACAGAAAAACGCAAAGAAAAAAGAGAAGAAGAAAAAGAAACACAAAAAGAGAAAAUACAACUCUGAAGAUGAAGACGACAGCAGCGAGGAAAGCAGCAGCAGCUCCAGCAGCAGCAGUGAGGAAGAGGAGGAACAGGUGGUCCGAAAGAAAACCAAGUCCGCGGAUUCAGACUCGGAUUUGGACGAUGAGGAUGCAGUUUUAGACCGUCUACCUGACAACCCCGGUCCUCUGCUGGACUUUGCCAGUGCCUCGCAAGGUGUACUGCUAUUGCUAAUGCUAAAACAACACUUAAAGAAUCUCUAUGGCUUCUCUGACAGCAAAAUCCAAAAGUAUUCCCCAACAGAGUCGGCCAAAGUCUAUGACAAGGCAGUGAACAGAAAGUCCAGUGUGCAUUUUAACCCUCGACAAACACUGGAUUUCCUAAAGACCGAUCUCGCUAACACGAAUCUCAACUAUGAAUCCAAGAGAAAUAUUGUGAAGCAGUUCUUAGAUUUCAAGUUACUGAUGGAGCAUUUGGAUCGUGAAGAGGAGGAGGAGGAUGGUGAAGCUAACGCCAAUGCCAAAAACAAAGUCAUUACGUCCCUGCUUAAAGGUCCAAAAAUACAAAGCAACAACCAUCACACUGAAGCUGCUCCAGUAGAGACGAGCGAUGAAGACAGCGAGGAUGACAGUCCUCCAGCGAGGAAACCAAGAAAAGGUGGUGAGGCAGCUGAAGAUUCAGGUCAAAAGAACGAACCUGUGGAGGUCAUGGACAUCAUCGCCACCUUCUGUCCUAAAUACAAAGACCGGCCACAGAUCGCCAAGGUUGUUGAGAAAAACAGAAAAGGCUACAGUAUACACUGGAUGACAGGAACUUACUCUGGGCCUUGGUCAGUUGCAAAGAAAAAGGACGGUCGCAAAAAGGUGCCUUGGGUCGACACUGUCAAAGAAUCGGACAUAAUUUACAAGAAAAUAACUCUGACAAGUGGACAGAAGCUCUCAAACAAAGUAGUACAGACACUCCGGGCGCUUUAUGCUACCAAGGAUGCAUCAAAGAAAUAAAUGACUCCCACGAUGUUAACUAUGCUGUAGAGAAAACGUAAGAGGCAGUGGCAGUACGUUAACAUUGACCUUUUUGAAAACAAGACUGAUGUAAAUGUUAAAGAUGCAUACCAUAAGAAGGAAAUGUUUAGGAAAACAUUGUAUGGGAGUUCCUUCGCUGUUGUGCAGCAACUCUGUUUUUGAUUUUUACUCCCACUGUAUAAUAGUUUAAAACAUGUUUAUAUCUGAACAUAAUUCUGUAAAAAAUAAGUGAAUGUUGGAAGUUAGUGUAUUCAUGCUGUUCUUAAUAAAGUGUUUUUUGGAGUUUAAACUAGCAUCAGAUCUUUUAUUUACAAGAGUCUGAAAUAACCAUUUUUCUGUUUUUGUUUCUGGAUUUAUAGUUGCUACACUGCAACAUGUAAAUGUGUUUGUUUUUAAACCAAGCAGUAUGUGCCAAUAUACAGGGGAAUUUGACGUUUUUUAAUGUAUAUUUUGAUGUUAUAUAAAAAAGUGCUGAAAAGAUUUCCCCCUGUAUCUUUGAAGUCAAUACUGCAAUAAAUCAUCCCCCUGCCUUU